CACCAUUUCCUACAACAACACCGCCCUAAAACAGGUUUCUGUCCAUCACAAACAAGUUCCAAGUAAAGUUUAUGUAUUUAUAAGUAUCAUUUAGAUUUAAACUUGUGCUUCUUAGCACUCAUUGCUUUCUUUUGGUGCCUCAUUUAGCCAAUCUCGCGUUGAGGAAUAAAUUCUUAACAAACUUCUUUGAAUUUCGGACUUGGCCGAUGAAGAAGCAUUUAUGUAAGAAAAUUAGUUUUCUUUUAAAGAUACUCAACACUCAUUACUCUGGAUGCCUUACGAACGAUCAUUGAAUUCAUUUGCAUAUUCUUCUAUUUUGUUAAUUUUAAUAUCAAUUAAUAUUUCUAUUUAAGAUUGUUACACGCUUUUCUAUUGUCAUGGCUAAUUCCAGGAAAUCCGUGAAGCAUUCUAGAAGCGAAAGGAAUGUAGAGCCAGACGUGUAUGAAGUCGAACGCAUUCUUGCAGAUCGAAUUAAUAAUUUUGGUGAAAAUGAAUACUAUAUAAAGUGGACUGGUUAUGAUUCAUACGAUAAUACAUGGGAGCCAGAGGAAAAUCUCAUUGGCGCCUCUAUGGCUUUGAAAGAUUGGCAGAAAAGAAAGGGACUCGUAGCUGCCGGACUUUUGCAACCUUAUAAUGUUGAUGAAAAUGAACAAAAAAAAGUACAGCGUGAGGAAAAUCUUUUACUUAAAGAAAGAAAACAAGAGGAAGGAGGAAAAUACCCCUUAGAUUUAAAUUUGAACACUAAUGAACCCCUUUCAUCUCUCUCGAAACCUGCUGCGAAAUCCAGGCGGAAAUCCAAGACAAAGUCUGACUUAAAACCAAAAGCACCUCGAAUAAUCUUAUCAGAAAAGAGGGUAACGAAACGCAGACUGAGUCAUCAACAACCGGAGGAGUCGGGUAAUGAGCAAACUCUAAGUCAGUUAUCUAAUGAAAAAAAAAAGAAAAGUGAUGACCAGGUUUCACUCUCCGAUAGUGAUUUACCGUCAGCUUUCCAAAGUGAAUCCUAUUUGGAUUCUCCUUCAUUAUCCCAUAUGGGAAAUUCUGGGAUAUAUGACAAAAAUGCUUACUCUCAGGGGCAUCCAAUAGGAUCUCCAACUUCAACUUCUUCUAUAGCAGCCCUUUGUAAGGAAUCCACACCCCCACCAUCAAGUUCAACAUGUCUUUCUAUUUUAGAUCAACGAUCACCUUCCUUGAAUCAUUCUUGCUCAAACUCUUCUGUCUCUGAUCACUUCUAUUCUUCCUACUUGGAACAAUCACCAACGCCAACCUCAAUUUCAAGAAUUAAUAAAGCGGAUCCUUCUGUAAGCUCACACACGAUUGUUAUUAGCGAAAUCGCUAAGACUACGGCUGAGGAAGAUAUCCUCUCAUAUUUUGCUUUUAUUCCAUCUAAGUUGGAUGUGCGGUUUUGUAAAGAUCAGGAUUCUUCAAAAAAUGAUAUAGCUUAUGUCAAAUUUGAUUCUGCCGAUUAUGCUCGAAUUGCUUACGGAAAAGGUCAUCCAAGCUGGCGUAUUGCUUUAGUAAAGGAUGAUGUCUACAGUACAUUUUCAGAUCCCUUGCAAGAUAAAAAAUCUUUAGAAACGUUUUCAUCUAGCAAAGUCUCUAAAGGAAGGUUGAAGUCGACGUUGAAACCGUCAAAAUAUAAAAGUGCAUCUCCAAGAAAACCUAAGAAUGAAUUAAAAGUUCUCGGAAGUAGGUGGACUACUAUUAAUAACAUAUGGCAAGAAAUGCCCAAGACAGAUGCAACUUGCCAAAUAAAGUACCAUUGAUAAAGACCUGGAAGUAUAGCAAUUAAUGCAUAUUAUUUUCAUUGGAAAGAUUGUAUACAUAUAAUACUUUUUUUUUGAUGGAUAAAGCUUCUAAUUAGGGACCUGCUUUAUUUAAGUUGACUUUUCUGUGUCGCCUCUAUCGAUUUCAUACGAAAUAUGGAAACUGAAAAGGAAGUUUAGGAAGAAUUUAAAGCAAAUUCUUCAGAACCUACUAGUUGUGGUUGAAAUGCUGGAUUGCUUUUCUUCGUCAAAAAAUCCUGGACAUAUAUCAAGUGCAAAGAUAAAAGGAAGUCUUUUUGUAAAAGUGAUGCUAAUAUAAAUAUUCUUCAAAGGUAUUUAAGAAAAGCCACUGACAAGAGAAAUAUGGAUUGUUUACUAUGAUCUAAGAAAUCCAAUGGUGCAUAAGUGAUACCUUUUUAUGAAUUUAAGGAUAUAAACCUAUGAAAAUCUCAUAUUGAAUUCAUUUAAUCGACAAUCUUACACUAGGAGUCUUUUUCAAACUUAUUAGUCGUAACAAGAAGGACUUUAUAUUGAAUCUGAGAAGCUUAUGAGGAAGAUGGAUAACGCUAUCUUUUCAUUGUUUAAUAGCCGAACAACAAAGCAGAUAUUAGGAACUUUGCUAGCCUCUAACGUUUUUCAGGUUUUUAGAAUAAGUGUUCUGAGUUUAUAUGACGUGGAAUUAAUUUAAUUGUUUAGCAGUUAGAUGAAUGGAUUCCUUUCCUCUAUUGUAUUAAAUUAACCUAUUUUUAUUUUGUUUUUACAUUUUCAAAAUAUGCUGUUUUUAUUAC